AUGAUCGACCCACACCUCUGCACCUUCCUCGAACCCUCUGCCACCGGCACCGCCACCGCCGCCGCCGCCGCCGAUCUUCCCAUCCUCCCUCCGUCCCCCUCUGUGUCUCGCUCCCGAUCGCCGUCUCCGCCGCCUUCGCUCCGCUCGCAGCAGCCCAACCGCUCCAGUCUCCGAUCGCGGCAGCCCAACACGAAGCCCUCGGGGAGUCGUUCUGGAGGCAUUCGGACGUUCUCCGAUCUGAAUCGCCAGUCUUCGGAUGGCUCUGGUCGUGACUCUGAUUACGAGCCUCAGGAGUCCUUCACUGGCGGCGAAAAGAGUGGAAUGCUUGUCCAAGAUCCAUCCAAAGUCCAUGAUGUGGAUGCGAUUUUCACUUAUGCUAGACAAGCAGAGAGCAGAUCCUACUUUGCUGGCUAUUUUCUUCCUACGUUAGCGCAGCCUGGGGUCUUUGCUCCACCUCCACCCAGAGAUAAGGCAAUCAUCCCUGGUGAUGGAAAUCCCAAAGCAAUAUUCAAUGAGGAACAUGAUAUUGGCACCUACACCAUCAAAACUGUGGAUGACCCAAGUACAUUGAACAAGAUCGUUUACAUUAGGCCUCCCAAAAACAUCUACUCAUUCAACGAGCUGGUUUCACUUUGGGAGAAGAAGAUUGGCAAGACACUUGAACGAAUUUAUAUUCCGGAGGAGCAAGUUCUGAAGGAAAUCCAAGAGGCCCCAUUUCCAAUCAAUAUACUAUUAUCAAUCAACCACUCGGUUUUUGUGAAGGGAUACCAGACCAACUUUGAGAUCGAGCCCUCGUUUGGGGUUGAGGCUUCUGAGCUUUACCCGGAUGUCAAAUACACCACCGUGGAGGAAUACCUCUCUCAGUUUGUUUGAGAAAUCACAAUAUUUGCUCUUCGUGGUGUUAAAAUAAAAAUUACACAGUUAUAUACUUGGCUUCUCUUGAGAGUGGCUUCUUGUAAGCAAAGUUGAGUACACUAUUAUAUGAAGUUUCUAUGGGAAUUUGCAGUAAUUGUAUUACUCUUUUUUCUUGCCUUGUGCUUUAUGAGUAGACCAAGCCUCUGUCUCUA